AUGAGGAGCUUGGAAACUUUAAAGGAAUUGGUUGCAACUAUUACAGAUUGGAAGUCGCUUAAGAAGAUGGUUUGCAAACCCUUUAAGCCUUGCAUUUUGCAUUUGGCAAUAUCACAACAUGUGACCCAGUUGUAUAGCGAAGAAGAGUUGGUUCAAUUAAAUAAUUUCAGAAAACUACAUUCAAGUGUUGAAUCGAAGUCAAAGACAAAAAACACUGAUCAGAGGGUGACCGGAAAAAGACAAAUCGAAGGGAUGCCCAAAGAGGAAAGACCCAUGCCAGCAGUGAUUAAAAAACCAAAAAAGAUAAUCUUGAUGCAGAACAACCAAACACCAGAUUUGCCUGCAGAAAUCAAGAACCGAGUCACUGAGUUGAAUGGUCAUGAUAUUAAAUUUCUCAUGCACAAGAAACUCUUCUGUUCAGAUGUGAAACCAAAUAGCAAUCGUUUGUCAAUGCCAAUAAAUGAAAUUAUGUGUGAAUUCCUGACAGAAGCUGAGAUUGCAAAAUUGGAUGAAAGAGAUGACACUAAUGGAAAAGGACGACUUGUUGGUGUGGAAGUAACUGUGUUGGACCCAUGUAUGAGAGAAUUUAUUUUACCAUUGAAGAAGUGGAGCAUGCAAAGGACUGACACCUAUAACUUGGUAAAAAAUUGGAAUAGUAUGGUAUCUGCUAAUAAGUUUGAAGAAGAUCAAGAACUUCAAAUUUGGUCUUUUAGGGUUGAUAACAAGCUAUAUCUUCUAUUAAAUAAACUGUGA